AAGUCUGCGUCGUCUGCGAAGAAGCCGCGCGCCAAGCCUGCGCACCCGCGCACCUCUGAGAUGGUGACGGCCGCCAUCAAGAGUCUGAAGGAGCGCGGCGGGUCGUCGCUGCAGGCGAUCAAGAAGUACAUAGCCGCGCACUACAAGCUGGACGCGGAGAAGCUGGCGCCGUUUAUCAAGAAGUACCUCAAGUCGGCCGUCGUGGCGGGCGAGCUGGUGCAGACGAAGGGGAAGGGCGCGUCCGGCUCGUUCAAGCUUGCCGGCGCCGGCGGCGGGGGGGCGGCCGAGGGCGGCAAGGCUCGUGCUGGCGGUGCCAAGAAGAAGCGCGCCGCUCCGGCCAGCAAGGAGAAGAAGGGCGCCCGUGCGGCCGGCGCAAAGAAGGCUGGUGGCGUGAAGGCGGCGACCGGUCGGAAGGCGGGCGCCGCCAAGAAGGCGUCUGCGGCGUCGGCCGCUCCCGCGGGUGCGAAGAAGGCGGCUGCGGCCAAGCCGGCCAAGGCCAAGUCGCCGUCGAAGGCGAAGAAGGCCGCCAAGGUUCCGACGAAGAAGCCGAAGGCGCCGCGCCCGAAGAAGGCGACGACGCCGUCUAAGGCGAAGGCUUCGCCCGCCAAGUCUGCGUCGUCUGCGAAGAAGCCGCGCGCCAAGCCUGCGCACCCGCGCACCUCUGAGAUGGUGACGGCCGCCAUCAAGAGUCUGAAGGAGCGCGGCGGGUCGUCGCUGCAGGCGAUCAAGAAGUACAUAGCCGCGCACUACAAGCUGGACGCGGAGAAGCUGGCGCCGUUUAUCAAGAAGUACCUCAAGUCGGCCGUCGUGGCGGGCGAGCUGGUGCAGACGAAGGGGAAGGGCGCGUCCGGCUCGUUCAAGCUUGCCGGCGCCGGCGGCGGGGGGGCGGCCGAGGGCGGCAAGGCUCGUGCUGGCGGUGCCAAGAAGAAGCGCGCCGCUCCGGCCAGCAAGGAGAAGAAGGGCGCCCGUGCGGCCGGCGCAAAGAAGGCUGGUGGCGUGAAGGCGGCGACCGGUCGGAAGGCGGGCGCCGCCAAGAAGGCGUCUGCGGCGUCGGCCGCUCCCGCGGGUGCGAAGAAGGCGGCUGCGGCCAAGCCGGCCAAGGCCAAGUCGCCGUCGAAGGCGAAGAAGGCCGCCAAGGUUCCGACGAAGAAGCCGAAGGCGCCGCGCCCGAAGAAGGCGACGACGCCGUCUAAGGCGAAGGCUUCGCCCAAG